AUCUAAUCACCAACUUUUUUAAUUCAACCACCUAUAUAAUCCUUGUUUUAAAAAAUAAUUAUAAUGGCUUUUGUAAUUUUGUUUUAGUUAUCGACAAUCAGACUUGGGAACUUGUACCGGUCACGUCCGCUCUAAAAAUUGCCCGAAAAUUUUCAGCCGAAAGCAACGGUAUUACGCUACCGAGUGUUGCCAUGGUGGAGCCGAGCCCGUCCUAUUCGUUCCCGUUGUGUGGAGAAGUGUUGAAGAAAGAAAUAUGGAGUCCUCCGGAAGCGGCGCCAGUGAAGAUCUCCCGCACUGCUUUGUUUCUGUAACUACUGGCCAAAUUCCCAUGUCGACUGGGUUUAAAAGCUAAGCUGGCCACUCGCUCCUCUUUUUUGUCUCCAUCAUAUCGAUUCCCCGUCUCGUUCUUUCCGCUCUCGCGCCCUCGCUCAGCCGGCCGAUUCCGUUUCCCGCCUUGUCGUCUUCCCCCGGAAUAAAAAAAAGUCAGAAGAAAAUGAGUCUCGGCAGCAUAUUGUCGAAGCCGCUGAGCUUCUGCCUCCACACCCGCUACGGUCUCGCGAAGAACCAGCCGCAGCAGCGAUUUCUGGCUCUGGAACAGCGGCGUUUGUGCUGCUCCAACCUCUCUUGUACUCCUCCUCGCAUUUCCAGCUCGCUCAGCUACAAUCCUCUCAGUUUCGGAAUCAAGAGAAAUGAUGAAGUGAUUUUGAGGCAGAAGACCGUGGAAGGGAGGAAGAAGAUGCUUACCGUUUGCUCCGCCGUGCCAGUCAGUACUGCUCGCAACCUCCAGUGGAUCUCCACUAUUGCUUCCAUAGUGCUGAUGCUUUCCAAAGGUACUGCUGUCAACAAAUGCCUUCUCGUUCCCCUCCUUGCGUUACAGGCGCCUACUGCUGUGGUCUCUUGGGUUAAGGGUGAAUAUGGUAUUUGGGCUGCAUUUAUGGGGCUUCUAGUACGCCUGUUCUUCUUUAUUCCCGGUGAACUAGAGUUGCCAUUUAUGGCGUUGCUCUUGGUCAUCUUAGCUCCUUACCAGGUCCUGAACCUAAGAGGAACACAAGAAGGUGCCAUCAUUGGUUUGGCCAUUGCAGCUUACCUGGCUUUCCAGCAUUUUUCAAGAGGAGGCAACAUGCAGAAAUCGUUUGAGCAAGGUUCAAUCGUAGCCACUGUAGCUACCAUCUGCAUUGCAGUUGCCUCGUGCUUACUCAUGCUCUGAACUUCGUAUACACUGUAGUUCAUUCUGUUAUUGUUUGUCUCAGUUCUUAAAUAAGGUUUGAGGUCAAGGGAAGAGACCCUUAUGUAGUCUUGUUCAGCCUGUUACAGGGUGUGAUCUCUUCGACAUGCUUCUUGAAUGUGUAGGAAUUGGAUAAUUAAUGAAUGGGGAAGAAAAUAGUAAGCUUUCUACUUUCAAUCUGGUCAUGUGGAUGUUCGUUCUUCAAUACAAUAAACUCCUGCUUUCUUAAUAUGUUGUAUAAUCCCUCCAUCUCAGUUUGCUCUAUUUAUUCAUUCCAUGGCUUGAGCCUUGAGGUUACAGUCAUGACAAAUUUGUGUGCAUGCCUACGUUAAUUUAGUGAAUUUAUAAUAAAGCUGGGUAGCUCCAUGGUCCCUGUGUUGGCAAUCCAUUAUGUCUACCCACAAUUAUUGCUCUUCUUCUGAUGAAGUAUCCUGAUCACACCAAAGAAUGAUUAUGCGUUUGAAAGUUUCAGCUCCCUUUCAAAUUUCUGUCUUGCUCUAGCUAAUGACAAGCAGUCCUAAACAUCUGAGCUUGAAUAAAUUUUAUUAUUCUAG